AUGAAAAAUCGACAAAUUUUGAGGCAAUUCUUCAUCAAAAAUUUUCUACAAUCUUAUAUAUUUCUAUUAUUAGUAUUUUCUAAAUUCUGUGAAAAUAUUCGAGUACCACAUUGUAUUCUUAAAUGUAAGGAUGCUCAUAUGCUUCAGAUGGAAAAUGAAUGGUCGAUGGAUUUCGCAUUUCCUUUACUAUCGCUUCUUAGAUCAACAAAUAACGAAACAGCUGCUUAUCAACGAGCGAUUGAAAUAUGCCAUAGCAAUGAAUUGCUUGUUGCAUGUCUCGACAGAUGCAAUCGUUCGACGGAACGCACAAUUCUUAAAAUGGGUCUAAUGCCUUGGGCCGAUAUUUGUUUUAACCUGGAAGAGCUUCGCAGCCAAUUUCCAUGUUGGCGAGCAAAUAUUUAUAAUUUAUCCAGUGCAUGUCAACCAGAAAGUAUCAAAUUGCGGAAUAGUUUUAAAAAUACGACGACUCGCCAAAAUCGUCCUAAUACAACCCCGUUAGCCAUGUCUUAUAUUUUUCUUUACUCGAGCAAUUUUAGGAUUAUUUUUUUGCAGCUUAUUGAAAGAAUAUUUUCGAUAAGUCAAGAGGCGAUAAAUGGCAUGCUUGCAAUGAAAUGGACAAUAUUACCGCCGACAUGUAAUAUGAUAAAUUCGUCGCAACGAAAUAUCUUCGAUAAAUUCCUUUUCGAUUCAGCUAAUUGUACAAAAUUAUUUGAUUUUCCUUGUAUUUUUAUUAUUUAUUUUAUUUUCUAUGUAUUUUAUUUAUAA